GAUCUUCGUCGCCGUUUCUGCCAACUCAGCAUAUUUCCUGUUUCCUCGUAAUUCACCUUGCUUUCGUAGGUAUACGUGGUGCAUUGCUUGCGCGAUCCUUGCAACUCCUGCUUCGAAUAUUCCCAAAUGACCUCAGUUGGCUUGCUGGCGUUCGCUUCGAUAACGGCAGGUUUUUCUGGCAAGCUGUGUCAGCUGAAUUUUUAUCCGACUCGUCGUGCCCGGUCCAACCCAACUCGCCUCGGCAUAUCCACUAUCCACAAAUUACAAUUGGGCGCUGGGCGGCAGUUCCGCGGCCCUGUUUACACCGCGAAAAGUGAUACGAUCCUUGAGGCAUUACUUUCUGGUCUAAACCCUUUCCAUUAUUAUUAUUAUUAUCCAAAACACCGCCUCCUACUCCUACUCGGACGAGGAAACCAAACCCAAACAACUACUUAAAGCGUCCAAUUCGUAGUAUUCGGACAUUAUCCCUUACUUGUGGAGUCUUGCUCCAAGUGCGACUUAUCACUUUCUUU